CAGCUUCCGGUGGUGAAUCCCAAGCGGUUGCCGUUGUGCUCGCAGAGUAAUUCAUUUUUCAUUCCGAUGGCAAACAGAACCGUUAAAGAUGCGAACAGCAUCCACGGGACCAACCCGCAGUAUCUGGUGGAGAAAAUCAUCCGGACUCGAAUCUACGAGUCUAAAUACUGGAAGGAGGAGUGUUUCGGUCUCACGGCUGAGCUGGUGGUCGACAAAGCCAUGGAGCUGAAGUAUGUCGGUGGAGUUUUUGGGGGAAACAUAAAGCCCACUCCUUUCCUCUGCCUCACGCUGAAGAUGCUGCAGAUUCAACCGGAAAAAGACAUCAUUGUCGAGUUCAUCAAAAAUGAGGAUUUCAAAUAUGUUCGCUUACUUGGAGCGAUGUACAUGAGGUUAACUGGCACUGCAGUGGAUUGCUACAAAUACCUGGAGCCGCUGUACAACGAUUACAGAAGAGUCAAGAGCCAGAACCGAAAUGGAGAGUUUGAGCUGAUGCACGUGGACGAGUUCAUUGACCAGCUUCUUCAUGAAGAGAGGAUGUGUGACAUCAUUCUGCCCCGACUUCAGAAAAGACACGUCCUCGAGGAGGCUGAGAUGUUAGAUCCACGUAUUAGCGCUCUGGAGGAAGAUCUGGAUGAGGUGGAGAGCAGUGAAGAAGAAGAUGAGGAAGAAGACAAGCCGGAGAGACUGCAGACCCCUGAGCCGCACAGAAGGCGUGACGGUUACCGUGACAACGACAGGCCUCGUCGCUCUCCAUCGCCGCGUUACAGACGCAGUCGCUCACCCAGACGGAGGAGCCGAUCUCCAAAGAGGCGAAGCCCGUCGCCCCGGAGAGACCGCCAUCGCAGCAAGAGCCCCCGUCGACACCGCGGCCGGUCCAGAGACAGACGCCACCGCUCCAAAUCUCCAGGUCACCACAGAAGCCACAGACAUCGCAGCCACUCAAAGUCCCCAGAGAGGAGUUCAAAAAAGAGUCACAAGAAGAGUCGAAGAGGAAACGAGUGAUCUCCCUUCCCCCCCUUUUUUUUAUUUGACCUCUGAACUGUCAGAACUUCUCAAUCUUGUACGAAGUGUGAUUGUUUUAUUUUAUUUCUAAUUUUACAUGUUUUUUUAAACUUUAGAUGUUGGACCACUGACCCGUCUGUAAGAUAUUACAAUGCAAAGCCCUCAGGUUGUACUGUGUGUGUGUGUGUGUGUGUCGUAUCUAAUCACUCACCCCAUCUGCAGCCUUUCAGUCUCAUGUUGUGGUUCCAACCCUUUGAGAGUACUCCCUGUUUGCAGAAGCAUCUGGCCAUUACCGAUCAGUUUUGGAUCUGUGUAAAUGUAGAACACUUCUGUAUGUUAAGAAUGAGCUUAACACUGACAGUCAUCAAAUAAAGACCCUGAUUCAUUA